UUGCCAAGCGGGGAGAUUGGGUCUCCAUCUUCCGACAAAUAUAUAUCUAUCAUGUAUAUGUAUAUAUAUAAAUAUAUAUAAUAAUAAUAGUAUCUAUAUAUACCCGGACACAUAUCCCCAGCUCAUAAAAGUGGUUGUCUUUCGCCCUUCCCAAGUACCUAGCAGCUAUUUUCCUCACUCCUACAGUAGCACUCUUCAACAUCAUAAACGCAGUUCGAUAGCUACUUGUCUCCUCUACAUUCCCGUGGAGAGUGUGUCUUCUUUAGAACUUCGGGAAAGGACCCCAUGAGGUAUAUAAUAUAGACGCGCCAGCCUCAUAAUAACAAUACCCGAGCCAUGUCUGCGCGUCUCCAGGGCAAAGUCGCCGUUAUCACAGGUAGUUCAAAUGGGAUCGGGAGGGGUAUUGCGUUAAGAUAUGCUGCUGAGGGUGCCUACGUUGUCUGCUCAGAUCUCGACCCCGCGCCGAAAGGUGAUGGUGACAAACCCACCCACGAAGCCAUAAAUGAAACAUACCCUGUCGUUCUAGGCAGUAUAGGCGCAACUCGUGCUGUAUUCGUCAAAGCGGACGCCUCCGUUUCCGAUGAUGUAGAAACCCUGGUUAAGGAGUGCGUGAAAGCAUUUGGAAGGUUGGAUAUUAUGGUCAACAAUGCCGGUAUGACCCACGCAGGGCACCAAACUGCCGGAGCCCGUAUUCAUGAAACCCCCGAGGGGUCCUGGGAUAGGGUCAUGGGCCUCAACGGGAAGGGCGUUUGGCUUGGAUGCAAAUUCGCCGCGAAGCAUAUGCUAGCCCAGGACCCCCAUCCGAGCGGUGAUAGGGGCUGGAUUAUCAACAUGGCCUCCGUAUACGGGAGCGUUGGCGCAGCGAGCUCCAGUACGUACUCCGCAUCGAAGCACGCGGUGGUUGGGAUCACAAAGUCUGUGGCUUUGGAAUAUGCGAAGGAUAGAAUUCACGUAAACGCCCUCGCCCCAGGAUGGGUAGAGACAGGUCUUAUCAAGCCCUUCGCGGAUGCCGCCAGCGAGAACCCUCUCAGGCGGGCAUUCCACGCCCACCUAGUCUCAAUGCAUCCGUUUGAUGCGCGGUUGGGCAGAGAGGAGGAUAUCACGGGUGCCGCAGUGUUUUUGGCGUCGGAUGAUGCCAGAUGGAUGACGGGGACUACGUUGGCAGUUGACGGGGGGUAUGUGGCGCAUUGAGCGGGGUUGAGAUGGGACUAGAUGAGAUAUAGAAGGGGUGGAAUGGGGUGCGAUGGGAUGGGUGGGUGCAAACGCGGUGUGGUCGAUAUAGAUGGGCCCCAACCCCCGUCAUAGCACUAUGAGAUCAGAGUCAGUGAGAUGAGAGAAACGUUACACAUAUGUAGCCAAAUGAGUAAAGCCCAAGCCAAUUGAAUGAUUUUGACUGGCAGGAGAAUUAACUAGUGGUGAUAGUUUUGAAAAACUUCACAGCAUUCCAGAACAGUGACCUUACUCCAAAACUCCCAAAAGCAGGGAGGGCAUAGAAAAGAAAGAAAACUCAAAACCAAGCACAAGUGCCUAAAUAAACCGUAGAAUAGCCACAGAAAGAGAAAAUUAGCAAGGCACUAGAAAUAUAGCGGAUGCAUGCACA